AUGCAGAAUCCCGGAGCAUCUGGGCCCUCUCCCGCUAUCCGAGAAGCCCUUUUGAUGAGUAUGAGCAACGUCAGGGAAGCGAUUGCUCAGAACAAUCAGAGUCAUAAACACCCCGAUCCAAGCAUUGGCGGUCCAACCAUCGACAACGACCUUCGAAUUGCGAUCCAGUUGAACCACGGCAUAGCAACGGGCUGUCCGGACCAUGCGAAAGCUGAUAUGUGGUACCUUCAAAGCGACAUGUUCUUCGUCAAAUUCAGGCGCUCAGACGAUAAGAAGGCCCUCGAAGAAGCCAUCGUUGCCAUAGAACGGGCCAUGAAGGAGCUGGUCAGAUCGGUCAAUAAGGAAUCCCUGACUGGAAAGAUUUACCACCUCCAUGCGAGGCUUCUGCACUGGAGAUUCGGCUGGACCAGAUCCCUAGAUGAUCUAAAUAAGGGGCGUACGUCCGGUCAACGCGCCUACGACACAAUGCCAUCCAACCACCCGGAACGGCUCGGACUCGUGGAUCUUCUAGCUACUAUUCUGUAUGAGAUGUACCAAGCCACCUGCGAUCCAGAUCUCCUCAAGCGUUCCAUCUCGCUCACGAAAGAGACGGUUGAAAUGGGUCAAGAAGGGGAUUCCGCAUGGUGCAUUGCCACGAACCUUCUGGCCAGCCGCCUCCAAGCCGAGUACGACCGCUCGCAAGCCGUCAGCUUCUUGAACGAGUCCAUUCGUCAGGCGACCCUGGUGCUGGAACUCACGCCUUCCGACGACCCCGAACUGUGGGUUCGGCGGAAGAACCUGGGUGGGAAAUUCCUGGCCCGGUACGUGGGAGACAAACACGCGGCGGAUCUGGAUCUGGCCAUCACUCUCAACUACGAAGCCCGAGAAGUCUGCAAUUCCGAGUCGGAGGUCCACGACGUCAACCUUGGUCUGGCGACUUUGUUGCAUAACAGGUACGACUUGACUGGCGACAUCGCGGAUCUUGAGCUGGCCAUCGACUUGACGGAGAAGGCCAUCGGCCAGAUGACCGACAAGGAUCCGCAUCGACCCAGCUACCAGUUCAAUCUUGCCAACAAGUAUUGGGCCAAGUACGAGGCCCACAACGGUCUCGAGAAGACGCGAGUUCCCACAGAUCUGCUGGACGACACGACGAAGCUCGUGGACUUCCUAAUGAUCGGACAAGAGGAAAGACUUCAAAGAGCCAACAUAUCCGAUCUGGACAAGUCCAUCGAGUUCUAUCGCAAGGCCGUGGACGGAUUACCGGAGAAUCAUCUUCAUACGGCCAGGUUUGCCAUGUACACGGGGCGGGCCUAUGAGAACAGGCACUGCCGGUCAGCCGAGUUGAAGGAUUCCGACGAUGCCGUCUUCUUUUACGAGAAGGCUUGGCACGCGAGCGGCUCGCAUCUCCUCGAGCGUAUCACCGGGGCUCGCGAAGCAGCCAAGUUCUACACAUUUGCGUAUCCGAGAGACUUGGAGAAGGCGAGCGAAUGUCUCACGAGUGCCGUGGAGAUGCUUCCCAUGAUCAGCCCGCGAUCGAUAGACGACGAGGACAGACAGCACACGCUGCGGAACUUCGCCGGACUCGCAUCGGCGGCGGCUGCUGUCGCUCUCGAAGCAGGGCGUGAGCCUUCCAAGGCGCUGAACUUGCUCGAAAUCGGUCGUGGAGUCAUGGCGAACCUCGUGUUGCAGCUUCGCACAGAUACCUCUGAGCUCAAGCAGCUGCAUCCUCAACUAGCAAGCGAGUUUGAACAGCUUCGCAAAGAACUAAACCCGAACACGUCUGAAAGUGCCAAAAAAUUACCUCUUUUGACGGAAGAUAAGCGGCGCGCUGAUGCCGAGCAACGCUUCCGUGUGCUCGUGCAAGCGAUCCGGGAGAAGGACGGCUUCGAGUUCUUUCUGCUACCACCGCCAGUUGACGAGCUCAAGAGUGCUGUCGGAGACGGGUCGAUGGUCAUAUUGAACGUGUCUCAGCUCCGCUGUGACGCGUUUCUCAUCACCUCCGACGGGCUGAAGGUUUUGAGCCUGCCUCGUCUGACCUACGAGGAUGCCGAGAAACACGCCGCAAACCUCGCCAAGUCGCCAACCGCUUGCUCCUCGCAGUUGCUAGAGUGGCUUUGGGAUGUGGCAGCAGGGCCCGUCCUGAACGCGUUGGGCCUUCGAGAUUCCCCCGGAGAGAAGUGGCCUCGGAUCUGGUGGGUUCCCACCGGCCCGCUCGUGCACCUCCCACUGCACGCGGCAGGCUAUCACGAUGAUGGUUCCAAAGACACCGUGCUGGACAGAGCCAUGUCUUCGUACUGCACCUCUGCGACCUCGUUUUCGUAUAGCAGGCGGCAUGAUGUUGAGGAUGGCGUGAGAGAUCAGCCGGGGCACGCUCUUCUCGUCCCAAUGAAGAAGACUCCGGGAAUGGAAGACCUGAAAUUCGCUACUCAGGAAGUCGACAAAGUCAGUCAGAUCUGCGAGUCCAUCGGUUUGGAUGUCGUGCGGCCGGAAGUUCCCAAACAAGAAGCUGUUCUCGAAUCUCUUCGAUCUUGCAGGAUUUUCCAUUUUGCCGGCCACGGACAGACGAACUCCAAAGACCCGUCUCAGAGCUCGCUCCAUCUUAAUGACAAGCCUCUCAGCGUCGGAGAUCUCCGUAACAGCCACCUUCCGCAGAAUUCCCUCUUUCUCGCCUACCUCUCCGCAUGCUCUACUGGGGCCAAUAGAGCUGAUGGGCUCGUGGAUGAAGGAAUCCAUCUGAUAAGUGGAUUCCAGUUGGCCGGCUUUCGGCACGUGAUAGGAACUCUGUGGCAAGUUUCCGACCGACAUUGCGUGCCUGUAGCAGCCGAGAUCUACGAGACUCUUCUUCACGGACAGGCGGGGGAUGAAGCUGUUUGCAAAUCACUUCACCGGGCUCUGCGAAGCCUCAGAUCAACUUUGAUCAAGCGAGAUGAGGGCGGUAAACAGACUUCCAGUGUCACGAGGACGGACAGGUACGCUGUGUGUAAGGACUACGGCGCUCCCGUGGGAGGGGCGAAAGAGACUGCUUACAAGUUUUACUGGGUUCCGUAUGUACAUUUCGGCCCGUGA